CGUAUUUUCAUCAACUGAUAAAAAACACGAUUUCAUCAGCAAAUUCCGGCGAAUUGAGUCCAAAAAUGUUGAAAUUUUGAUGCAUUUUUCAGUCUUUUACGCUAAUAAAAUUGAAAUAAAUUUAUUUUUGUGUAUUUCAAGUACAUCCUGAGUUUUUCAUCAUGGUAUUAUCGUGUCGAUUUUACUCAGAUCGUUACCCCGAAAUCGACGAUGUUGUCAUGGUCAACGUACGAAGCAUCGAAGAAAUGGGUGCCUACGUCCAUCUGCUCGAGUAUAACAACAUAGAAGGCAUGAUAUUACUUUCUGAAUUGUCUCGAAGACGUAUACGUUCGAUCAACAAACUAAUACGAAUCGGUAAAACCGAACCAGUCGUCGUUAUUCGAGUUGAUAAAGAAAAGGGUUACAUUGAUCUGAGCAAACGACGUGUAUCUCCAGAAGAUGUGGAAAAAUGUACAGAUCGCUUUUCGAGAGCCAAAGCAGUCAAUUCUAUCCUCAGACACGUAGCCGAACUAUUGAAAUUCGAAACCGACGCUCAACUCGAACAACUCUACCAGCAGACUGCCUGGUUACACGAAGAUAAAACUAAAAAGAAAUCAUCCGCUUAUGAUUUUUUCAAACAAGCUGUACACGAUCCGAGUAUAUUGGACGAAUGCGGUUUAACCGAAGAAAUAAAAGAAUUACUCAUUAGUAAUAUUAGACAAAAAUUAACCUCACAAGCGGUGAAAAUCAGAGCCGAUAUUGAAGUCGCGUGUUACGGUUACGAAGGCAUCGAUGCAGUCAAAGCUGCCCUGAAAACUGGUCUGCAGUGUUCCACCGACGAUAUACCGAUCAAAAUUAAUCUCAUUGCUCCUCCGAUCUACGUUAUGACUACUGCUACUCCUGAGAAAGCCGAAGGAUUGAAAGCUCUGCAAACUGCGUGUGAUGAAAUUCAAAAGGCUAUUCAACAGUAUAACGGAGUUUUCCAAAUUAAAAUGGCGCCUAAAGUGGUUACCGCUACCGACGAAUUAGAUCUUGCUAGACAAAUGGAGAAAGCCGAAGCUGAAAAUGCUGAAGUGGCCGGCGACGACGACGAAGAAGAAUCCGGAGAAGGGGAAGACGACGAGAAUGAUCACGAUGACGAUGACGAUGAAGAUAUGGAAAAUGGAGUCGAAUCGGAUGAAAAUUAGCAUCAGUAUGCAGCCAAUUUAUUAUAAUUUAUUUUUAAUAAAAGUUUUUAUUCGAUUUA